AUGAGCCGCUCAUUCGAUCACGGCUUCCGCGACGACGUUGACGGACAAUCCCAAGAGUUGACCGACCUAACAGGACUACUCAACAGGGAAACUGAAGAGAAUUUGCCCAACACGAGAGUUGAAAGAACGCAAGAGACUUCCUCGCCUGCCAAGAAAACCACACGCUUCUCUGGGUGGCGCGUUGGCGCAUCGUACUUUGCUCUUGGCGCCUUGAUCUCCCUCGUUGUUCACGUCGUCCUCGCUGUCUGGAUCCCUACCCUCGAUUCUUUCGACAAUGGCGUCGGUGUUCUCUGGACUGGCAACUGCCGCGACGCCGCCACAUACAACACCCUCAUCCAUUUAGGGACAACCGCCGUCGCCACCUUGCUCCUCGGCGGGAGUAACUAUUGCAUGCAGUGUUUAACAGCGCCGACGCGAAAAGACUUGCAGACAGCGCAUGACAAGGGUGUCUGGCUUGACAUCGGUGUUCAGAGCAUUCGCAACCUCAAGGCUAUCAAGGGGUACAAGGCCGUUCUUUGGUUCCUGAUUGCCAUUUCUUCCAUUCCCAUUCAUCUUUUGUACAACUCGGCCUUUUUCAUGACUCUGGAUACCAACAGCUAUCAAGUGUACGUCGUUUCUCGCGACUUUUGGAACAGCACCGAUCCGGUCCCUGUCCGGCUCACGCCGCCCAUUCACAAAGACGUACACGGCAGGGGAUGGGGGAGGGGAGAAGAGCAACAGCUUCCUCCCAAUGCAACAGAGUAUCUAAAUAGUGUCAAGGCAAGCCAGUCUCGACCCGGCUCGGCCGAAGAGAACGACGUUGGCAAUUUUAAGCGUCUGUCCAAUGAGCAAUGCAUCGACGCCUAUGCACAAUCCGUUGUCAGUGGCCGAAGAACAAUAAUAGUAACUGCUGCCAACGAAACGGAAAAAGGCCCAUUUGCUUUUGGUUACGAGUACCUUGCGGGAAAACAUGUCAAUACUACCUUGGGCAUGUAUAGGCCUUAUGAAUGGAUGUGCUACGGUUUUCGACCAGCUUACGAGUCUGAAUCUCUCUGUUACGAGUCAAUCCACAACUUGACACAGCAACCUGAACAGUGGGCACCGUGGUUUCUUCCAGCAAGACAUUGUCAUAGCGAGGUUGUCGAAGGAAACUGCGCCCUCAACGCUAAUCAACCCAUCAUGGUCGUCAUCAUAAUCUGCACCUCGAUCAAGCUCAUCAUCAUGGCAAUGAUGGUGUUUUUGAUCAAUGGCUGGCCCAUUAUCACACUGGGGGACGCUAUUCAAUCGUUCCUCGACGACCCCGACCCAACAACCGAAGGCUUUUGCUUGCUCUCCAAAAACGCCGUGACGAGCCGGUCCCCAUUCUGGCCUAAGAAGGAGCCUUUGGAUGAGCCCGAUCCUAUCAUAUCUCGAAGAAGGGGUCAUCGAUGGUCAGAUGCGGCUAGCACGAGGAGAUGGUUGUAUACUCUUACAAUUCUCGGGGUGUCACUCAUGGUGAUAAUCAUCUUCUUUGGGCUAAGCAUCGACUCGAUGAAGGACAACAACACAGUUGACCCCUUCUCCAUCCGCUUCGGUUCUGUGGAUGCAGCAGCCGUCAUUACCUACUGGGCAGUUUCGACCUAUUCGAAGUAUCAGAACCGAAUUCUAGCAGCCGUUAUUGUCGCCAAUCUCCCGCAGAUGAUUUUUUGGAUCAUCACCUUUUCGCUCAAUAGCCUCUUGACCGUCAUCUAUACAGCUCAAGAGUGGGAAGGGUUCUCAAGAAACAGGAAAACGCUACGGGUAUCAGAGCCAAAAGGGGACCAGAGAAGCACAUAUUUUCUCCAGCUGCCGUAUCGCAUCGCAGUUCCCUUCAACCUGACAACGGGAGUUAUUUCAUGGCUCUUAUCCAACAGCAUCUUUCCUAUCAUUAUAUCCAGCUAUGACUCCCUUGGCCGGGAGUCGUUCUUGUAG